AGAACAAAACAGGCGAGUGGGUCCAGAAAGCAUGUCUAUAGUCUCCGAUUUCCUCCCAUGUGCCAUCUUUUCCCACCCAAGAGACUCAAGGAAUUUCCAGUUUGCACCUGGUAGGGAGGAUCUAUAAAGACAGGGAGGCGCCUCAGUGCCAACGUGGUGCGUGUUGGGCCCGUGGUAGAGAGGCUGGUGUGAACUCCCGUUUCUAUCUCUGCGGGUUGUGCACAAGUCUUUUCAGUGGGGUUGGGUUUUCCCUUUGGGCGGCCCCUCUUUCCAGCCAACUCUUGGCGAGGUCACUCCAAAGAGAGGGAAGGAGGCGAUCAGACAAGGUCAGCGUCUCCCUCUUGCUUGCUUGCUCACUCUCGCUUGCCUGGGCGAAGAAGACACCAGCCGGGCGCGAGAGGAGCGUGGUGCUGAAUUUAAUCCGCCUUCGCCAGCCUCAAGGAGAGCAGCGAGGGAGAGGGAGAGACGUUAUUACAGCGUUGGUUGAGAGGGAAGGACGGGGAGGGAGGAGGAGAGAAACGCACAACCCCAACACGCGCGUGGCCGAACCAGAUCGAUGAGGCCACCACCGGCUCUUCAGAGAAUCGGGUGAUCAGGGAAAGCGUCUGGAGCCGGAGCGCCUUCGGAAAAGCUUCAGCUUCAGCACCCCGGACAGCUCCUCGCCGAGGUUUCCCUGGUGGGGCUCUGCGCGUCGGCCGUUCCUCCUAAACCGGGCGGCAUGAAGGGCGCGCGGGUAGAGGAUCUGGCUGGAGAUGCGUAGGGAUCGCGCGCGAGAGAAAUCCAGCCUGAAAACAUUGAUCAGCCGAAGAUGAUGAUCCAAGCUGGGGCUUCUCAGCACCUCCGAUUGGGGUGAUCUUCAAGCCAGCAGCUCGGUUUUAUUUGGAGUCCACCCAGCCACCCUCGCCCCCGCCGGCCUUCUCUCGGUUGUGUGGAGGUGACGCCUGGCUGGUUGCUGGGGAAAGGCAAAAGUUUGCCUCGGAGGGGGGGGGAAGAGACCAGUCCCUCCCCUCCCCCACCCCCGCACCCCCCGUCUGGGAGAAAGCGAAUGCGUUGCUUCCGGAGCUGAUCGGGUAGAGGAACAAUGACCGAGCGAGGAUGUGCACCAGCGGCCAGAUCAUCGGGAGCCUCCUGGUGCUCUCUGUGCUGGAGAUAGGGCUGGGGGUCUCCAGCGUGACGGUGGGGGCCGUGAGCUUCAGCCUGGUCCUGGCCAACGCGGAACGCGGGACCCAACUGGGAGACUCUUCUCCGGUAUGGAGCGGGGUGUGUUUUCUGCUUUGUGGGGUAUGCGGAAUAUUGUGUGCCAAAAAGAAAUCAGGACUUAUCAUGAUACUUUUCUCAGCCUGCUGUAUCGGUGGACUAAUUGGAGGAAUAUUAAAUUUUCAGUUCCUUCGGGCUCUGACAAAGAAAACCUCAACUCUGUACCCGUUGCACCUUACCUCCAUGUCUCUUGCGUGCAUCGGCAUUGGGGGCUGCACUUUGUCUUCAUGGCUCACUUGCCGGCUAGCCAGCUACGAGCAAAGGAGAAUGUUUUCAGAAAGAGAACAUUCGCUGCAUCACUCCCAUGAAAUGGCAGAAAAAAGAAUGAGGGGCAUUGAAAUAACCGACCUUCCCAGCUGCCCGGUGGUUCCCCCAACACCAGAGUUACCUCCAAGCAGACAGGUGUCUACAUCACCCCACCCCCACCUCAAUCGACAUUAUCUGGCACCCUAUCUGGAAAUCCCAGCAGAGACCAAGGAAAUGACAGACAACAUGUGCAAUGGAGGACCGCAUUUGAUUUAUAAUGGAAGAGCAUAUUGAAAAAUUUGUGAUCUCAGAUGCAGCUGGCUUCAGGAUGUGCUUUAGGGGUGAAAUGUUGAUGCCAACAACUUUAACCGAAGGCACUGAAAACAUGAUGACUUUUAUCUGCAAUAAUUUCACAGCUAAAAACAAAUUCUGGCACAGCUCUAACUCCUUCCAGAAGUUUGCUUUGGUCUCCCUCGCUCAUUAUUUGAAGAUACUGAAUUGCAUAUUUUGAAAAUGCAGAAUAAUCAUCAUGUCUUUGAUAUCUUCUCUUUUUUCUGUCUAAUAAUUUAGUCAUGGCUGUGAUGACAUUUGAAACUGACUUUUCAGGCUCCGCUCAGACUUUCCUUAUGAUUAUUUUUGGGGAAAGGAAAAAACACAACACAAAACAACGUAGCAGCCCGCAGAUGUAAAAAUCAAAAUGAUUUCAAUAAUGGAUUGCUCAAUGGCAUGAACAGAAAGUAAACUUGAAAAGUUUGCCUUUGCUAUAUGCAGAGUCGAAUGAAUGAAUUACGAGCAUGCCGAAAAACAACAAUGAUGUCUUUGUUUUGAAAGACAGAAUGCUUUAAGGAUGUCAUAAGUCAAAACCUGAACAAUGCCUUGCUGUAAAGAAACUGUAAAUACAAUCAAUUUGUGAAGUAUAUUUCAUAAUUUGUUCAUAAAAGAUGUCAAAUAAAAUGAAGCCUAAAAAUGUGA